UGUUCCUGCAAACUAAACUCUACUUCCUUUGUGUUAAAUGUUAGGUAAUAAAGGGAAUACCAUAAAGUAGAAAUGAGCAGAAAACGGAGGAAAAAUAAGAAAAGGAAGGGUUCGGACAGUGAAGAUUAUGAACAAUUGCCAUUUGUUUGCAGAUGCCAGAAGGUAUUUAGGAAACCAUUAAGUAAGAACGAUUCAGAAUCAAAAGAAGAAGAAAUUGGGAAUUCUGUCUAUCAAAAAUGGAAUUCUGGAACUGAUGAAACUCUUUCUCGGAGCAGGGAAAUGCAGACAAAAUCAUUUAAAUGUGAAGAAAGCAGUCAGGAAAUUGUCCACGGUGAAGGUAAUGAACUGGAGGAUGGGAGAAUACGUUCAACACCUAAUGAGACAGAAAAUGUUAUGAAGGUAAAACUAACAGAUAACGCUUCCUUGCAAAUGGGAGAGAGAAAUGAACUGUGUACUAAUCCAGAUGAACAAACUGAGAGUGGUGGAACAACUACUGCACAAGUGAAAUCAAAUUGUGUGCAUGUGAAUUUAGAAAUAAAAAAUGAGUCUGCUUCAAAAGGCGGAACCCACAUUCUAAUAACUAACCAAAAAAACCUUAAAAAAAGUCGUAGUUACCAUGAUAGGCAACAUCUGCAAAGCUGGCACAAUGAAAAUUGCACGUGGGACUUUGCUGGAGAUAGCUCUAAGACGGAUCAAGGCCAUUCCAAAAAUAAAAGGCAGGAUUCUGAAAAACCUUUUAUUAAACUAGAGAUUAUCGGUGAAGGGAUUGAAAUAAAAUAUAAGACUGUUAACCAAGAUUUACUAGUUUGUAUUGAAGCUGACAAAGUAAGAAAAGAGACAGAAGACAUUUUCAGUAACAGUUACGCACACAAUGCUGAUUACUUAUCACCUGAAGGGUCAUGUAACUCCUACCCAGUGUCUGAUUUUAGUGUUCAUGAAAGAAAGGAAUUUUGUGCAAAUUACGUGUCUCCUGAGUGGCAUGUAGAUGUCCCUCCUCCAGAGGAGUUUGCAGAUGGAGAACUUAUAAACACAAUUCCAAAAGAUGAGGCCUUACAUUUUGAAGACUCAGUGAAAGACUCUUGCUCCAUGCCAUCAAUAUCAUCUAGCUGGUCAGAGCUAGAAACUGAACAUAAACAAGAAAAAGAUGCCGACUGCACAGUUGAAAAUGGAGCUAAACAAGGGGAAACUGUUCCUUUGCAACACUUGACCGGCUGUGCUCAUAAAAUAAUUAAGCCAAAUAAAAUUCGAUUGAGCCAAGCAUCAUUUAUUUCCAAUCAAGAAUUUCAAUCCAGUCCAUCUGGCUGUUGCAAUUCAAUAAAAAAUAACUGGCCCUUUGACACCAAAAUGAUACGGAGAAAAACAUUCCCAGAAAUGUACUGUGGGUCUCCGAGAACUAUCUCCAGUCAUUCAAAGGAAGCCGUUUUUGACUCUGAAGACCAGUCAUUAUCUUCCAAAGUUCUCCCAGAGCUGCCCAUUCCUUCAAACUCAGUGACAUCUGGGCCAGUUUUAAGUUCUGUGGAUAUUUCUUGUGACCCAUAUGAUCAUAUCACUCCUAAAUCUAAUCAUGAGGAGUCUAUUGAUGUUUUUGUUGAAGAUUUCAGGGUUAUUUAUAGCCAUGAUGAUGGUAACAGACCACAGGAGAUAAAUUAUUCAGAGACAUCUUCCCUUUGUCCUCAGGAAAAUGUUGAUGUUGGUAUGAAUACAGCUGAUGAGGAGGAGGACUUUGAAGAUCUACUAAAACAUGCUGAUGAGCGUAUUGAAUUCACUGAAAGUGGCUUCGAUGAGGAAAUGCUGGAUAGUGACAAUCACACCGACCUUUUAGAAUCCCAGAAUAAAAGUUUUAUGUUUCAAAUUAUCCCACCAUCUCCAAGUACUUCCAAAGAAUAUGGUAUAGAAAAAUCCAAAAGUAGUAAAACCUCUACUGAGCAAGACUUGGAAAUGCAGGCAAGGGAUGUAAGUCAAGACAAGACUCAGUCAAGUGUUACAGAUACUGAAAUGGCCACCAGAAAACGAAAAGGUUCAGUUGUUACAGUUGUAACACAAGAUUUUGAGCAAAGGCUAUUAAUUCAAAAUGAUAAUCAUGCUCUAAGUGAUGUUAUCACUUCUAGGGCUCAAAAAGAAUCUAAACAAUUAUAUCUUAUUAAAAGAGAUUCAGUGCUUACACCAGUCCCAGAUGUAGAGGAACCAAAUCAAGACACUAAAGUGCACAGUUCCUUUGAAGACCACAACUCAUUGAUAUACGAAGAUAUUUCUGCUCAAACAUCACAAACAUUUGACCCAUUUUUAUCAAUAGAAAACCAAUAUAAUGAGCCAGAGGACACUAGUAUUAAAGAAGCCACUGAAACAGCAUGCCCUGAAUUAUUAGAGGAAAGUAAUGAAAUGUUUGACAAUUUCCAACAAGAUGACAUAUCUCCAAGGAACAGUUCUGACUCCGCAAUGCCAGGAACCUCCAUUGAAUCAAUGGCAUGUCAGGUUCCAUGUUUGGCCAAAUCAGAUUCAGAAGAAAAUGGUCAUAAAUGUGAGAAUAAAGAUGAAUCUAGUGCAAAACCCGGAAGUCCAAGGAAGAAGGCUUUUAAAAAGGACACAAGGUCCGAUAUGUUCAGCAAACAUUUGAAACUGCCUAAGGAUUCCGUUCUAAAAGAAUCUAGGGGAUGCGAAAGUUCCCAGGAAGAGGCAUCAGAUCGCUGGGCAAAAAAAAGAAAGCAAUUUAAAGAAAUGAAAAAUUGCAAUUCAGCAGGGGGAAGCUCUUUGACCAGCAAUAUCACUGAAGAAUCAGGAAACUCUGAAGAAACGCGUUCGGUAGAUCUUGCCAUCCGAUCUGAAAACAAGGAUAAAGCAUUGUAUACAGAAAGCUUUCAUUCAGCGUCAUGGAUUUUUAGAGGUGAUGACGCCAGUCCAGAUAACAGCCCGAGAUGUCUAAGCAAAAGACCUAGAUCUGUUGCAAUUCGUGAACGGACCGUGAGGAUUGCGAAAGGUACAGGAGACUAUCCUUGGGGAUUCCGCAUACAAUUUUCAAAGCCUAUCCUUGUUACUGAAGUGGAUACAAAUGGAGCUGCUGAAGAGGCAGGACUUCAGGUCGGAGACAUAGUAAUGGCUGUUAAUGGAACCGAUGUUACAAGUAUUCCCCAUUCUGAAGCUGCUACUCUUGCACAACAAGGCCCGGAUUUGUUAACUCUGGUGGUCGGAUCAGACAUCAGCCGCUUCCCCAAUACUCCCAGACCAACAUGUCGUGGUUAUCUUCAUAAGCGCACCCAUUCUGGAUUAUUGAAAGGUUGGAGGAAGAGGUGGUUUGUGCUCAAACAUGAUGGCAGCCUUCAUUACUAUAAGCAAAAAAAGAUCAACCUAGUGGAAUGUGUCCUGUUACAGACGUGUUCCAUGGUUGAUAUCUUAUAG